AUGGUAGACACUACGAAUGACGUUCCUGUAGUCUCUACUAGCGAUGCAGCUGCUCAAGCUACAUCUGAUCGAAGAUAUAAGCGUCAAAAGGUGGCGAGGACAGCACUGACGCUUCGUGAAAAGAGCAUCGUCAAGAGUUUUUGUGAACAAAAGUUAAUAGACUGCAAGGACCGAGGCCAGUCUGCGCCGUCUCAGGAAGUCUUGCGACAAGAGAUAGUAAGUCAAUUUGGAUGGUCAUGCGGUCGAUCAACGCUCUCCAAAAUUAUUGCAAUGGAUUGGAAGUUAUUGCGAGGUAGUCAUGAAGGUGGUGAGGCGCCUAGAAACUCGAAUAUGAAGCGACGUCGACGUCCGCUGUUUCCAGCAUUUGAAGCAGAUCUAGUCAAAUUCAUACGUGCACAUGCUGAUGACGGGGAUCGUACGGACAAUAUUGUCGGAGUGGCGACAGAGAUUGCAUCAGACGAUACUGAAGGUGCUACGAACGUGGGAGUUUUGUCGACUAGAACUGAUGAAGAUCGAAGACGACCGUUAACAGAAGCGUUAAUCCUAGCAGAAGCACAACGACUGAAACAUGUGCAUGGUAUAUCGGAUAAUAUGCUUGUGCUUUCGGUUGGAUGGCUUGCGCGUUUUAAACAUCGGCAUUGUAUUCGUUUACGGAAAUCUACGCGAGCAGCGAAUAAAACUACGGUGACGAGUACCGUGUGUGAAUCGAUCUCUGAUUGGAACGAUGGGCUAUCACCAGCCUCACAGGCUGAUUUUGAGCAGCUUGCACCUCGCCACCAUGUGGGAAUUAGCGAUCAUGAAGGACUUUUGUCAUCAUCUAGUCAACCGCAAAACACUUUGACGAUUGAAUCGGCGUCUUCAAUGAAUGAAGCUCCAAUGACAUUGUGUUCUGCGCAGUGGUUUGAAAAAGGGCGGAUGAAAGCAUCGUCCAAAACAUUGGCUUUUUAUAAUCAAAUUCCAAAAAGCAUUCGUGACUUAGGCUGUGUAUGUCAGGAAUUUGAUGACUUUGUUGGUGCGAUUGAAGGGUUACAUGUGGCUGUCGUGGGACUUGGUAGUGUUGCUGAUGCAUUUCUUCUGGCUCAGGCAGUUGGUGCAAAUGGAUUUGUGACAUGCAUUGAAACUAGUUCCUCAAAUGUUUUCGCUGCAGAAAGGAUAGCUAGAAGUUUCUGUCUUCGCACACUGGGACUAUCUUCAGUGAAUAUGAAAUUUAUUGUGGGAGAUUACAGUAAUGUAGACUCCCAGUCUGCAUUGACUUUACUAGGUCAUGAACUUUUAACUUUACGUGGUCACAUUGAUAUUGUCCAUUGUAAUUGUUCAAUCCGAUCGUCGAACUUUCUUUCGGACAAACAUGACUUUUUGAAGACGGCAUUCAGUCUUUUGAAGGUCGGUGGUGAAUUACGCGUGACUGAUUUGGUUUGCACUCGGCGGUUGUCCAUGUCCGAAAAAGAAGAUGCUGGGAGUACAAAUGAUAUAAAGGCAAAAGCUUUGUGUACACUGGAGAGCUCAAUCCAGACACAGCAAAAAGUUGUACUUGCCGCUCCGUACAUAGGCGAUCUCCAACGUUUGUUUCGGAAUCUCGAUUCUAAUGCUGAUUUACGAGUCAGAAGCUGCAGCAAAGCCGGCACGGUAACAAUUGACAGCGCGAUUGCUCAUAUGUUCCCAACGUUUACUUCGAGUUGCACUCGAUUUCGCCGAGCAACUUUUCGCACUUUUCGACUUGAAAAUGUGGAAGAGCCUUGCGAAGAUUAUGGACAAACGGCAGUUUUCAAUGGUAGCAAAGUUAAUGAUACAACCGAUGAAAGCACGGUAGUCUCCGAUUCAUUUAGACUGGACGACACAUGGAAUUUUGAAAGUGGAGUACGAACUCCUGUAGAUGGUAACACAGCACAAAUAUUGCAAUCAACUUGGAUGCAAAGAUACUUUUCAGUAAGUGGAGAUCGCUCUAGACACCGUGGUAUAUUUGCAAAUGAAGUGCAUGCCACUUCAACGACUUUGCCAGCCGUCGAAAGUGCAUGGACAUUAACGUCGAGUGGGAUUACUACCGUCGCUAAUCAAUCUUCCCUCACAGUGUCUUCGGCACUGACCGAACCUUCGAUAGUAAUGAUGCCGCCAAACACUUUCAUCAUAGACGCCACCUGCAGGUUAGACUACCGUGCAACCAACUGUUUAUGA